AUGAAUCCCAGAGGGGAAAAGCCGAAGUCGAAGAUUUCGGCUUCUCGCAAGCUCUCCCUCAAAAUGCUGCUCCUCACAAGAGCCUGUGAGGAUUUGGAGAAGGAGAGGCAAGAGAGGGAGGAGGAGAAAGUACGCUAUUUAGGAGAAAAGUUGCCUCCGUUGCAACUGUCUGGAAAGUCCCUGCAAGAACUACAAGAACUGUGCAAGCAGCUUCAUACAAAAAUUGAUAUUGUGGAUGAGGAGAGAUAUGACUGUGAAUCCAAAGUGAGCAAGCAUAACAAAGAUAUCCAUGAGCUGAAGCUGAAGGUACAGGACCUUGGGGGCAAGUUCAAAAAGCCUGCCCUGCGAAAAGUGAGGGUGUCAGCAGACGAGAUGAUGAGAGCCCUCCUGGGCUCCAAACACAAAGGUUCAAUGGACCUCAGAGCCAACCUCAAGUCUGUGAAGAAAGAGGAUGUGAAACAGGACAAGGUGCUUACCAGUGAAGUAGGCGACUGGCGUAAGAAUGUGGAGGCCAUGUCAGGUAUGGAGGGCCGUAAGAAGAUGUUCGACACAGGCGGCGGAGCACAGUGA